GUCUACGGUUGAAUAAAUCAAUGGAAAAUGGAGAACAGACUGUCAGAAGAUGUUGAAAGAAUUGAAAAAGAAAUAGAAAUCGAAUUGAGCAGUAUCAGUGUUUCUGCCUUUGAAGCAGAUGAUCCUGGCACAGAUGUGUCAGAAGAAGCUUUGAGCGACAGUGACACAAUUUCAGAUGACUUGCCAGAAUCAAUUUUGCCCUACUUAAACUUUAUAAAGAACAGAAAUCAAGACGCUGAAAAGCUUAUACUGCAAGAUUUAGAAGAUGAAGAAAUUACAAGUAAUGUUUAUGAAAUAGUUUCUAGCCAUGCUUCAGAUUACUUGGCAGAACUAGCUUUGGAAUAUAAUGAAGAUCCUGAAGAAUUUAAAAAAAGGGUAUUGUCUGAAAUAGAAAGUGAAGACUUGCAGAUUGGUACCAAUUGUAGUACUCAGUCCACAACAGAUGAUCCUAUUGAAGUGGUCACCGACGGACAUUUUGUUGCAGCUGAUGAUGGCAUGAACAUAAAGUUUACCUACCAUGAAGUAGAAGAAAAAUGUAGGCAAGAUUUUGAGCAGUGGGAUAAAAGACAAAAAGAACUUGAAGUUGAGAAAAGGAAAAAGUGGAAGGCUGAGAGGGAAGCACAAGAAAAAGAGAAUGAUGAGGAACAAGAAAGAAGGCUGCAGCGUCUGGAGGAAUUUGAGGCUGAAAGAAUAAAGUUAGAGCUUCUUCAUAAGAAACAACAAAGUAUGAUGGAAGAUGAGUUAGAGAAAGAAAAGAAAGCUUGGAGAGAAAAAAUGAUGCAACAUGAGGAAUUGAUGAUGAAACUACAGUUGCAGGUGGAAGAGGAGGAAAAAGCUUUUGAAGAGCAGAAAGCAAAACAAAGGCAACACAUAACAGAGCAAGAGAAUGCAGCAGCUGUGAAAAUCCAAGCUAGAUUUAGAUCAUUUUUAGUCCACAAAAAAUAUGCUCCCAUCUUAAAAGAGUGCAAAGAUAAAAUUAAACACGAAAAGGAAAUACAAAAAGAAAUACAGAGGAAAAUGAAAGAAAAGGAGGAAAGAAUGAAGAGCCAUAUGGAAGAAAUGAAGAAAAAAAAAGAAGAGGAAAAGAGACAAGAAGAGAGAGAAAGACAGAUGCAUUUGGAACAGGUGAGGAGGUGUGAAGAAUAUGAGAAAAAGAAAGUAAGCUUGAGGCUUGAAAGAGAAAAACAGUUGCAGAUAAGAAAAGAAGAGAGAAAAAUAAAAGAAGGAGGAGCAAUAAUGAAUGAAAAUAGAGGAAAGGAUGAAGAAAACAUAACAGAGGAAAAACUGAGAGAAAAUUUAAAAGCAGUAAGAGGGCAGAAAAUGGAACUGAGUAAGCAAGUAGUGGAAGAAGAAAAAGAUCAAACUGUAAAGAUGGAUGAAACAAGUAACUGGAUAAAUCCAGUAAAAAGAAAGUUGGCACCACCAGUACCAAAUAUGUUAAAUUCUGAGAGGAAAGAAUCAUCUUCUGAAGUAAAUAACAAAAAUCCAGAUAGAAAUUCAGRAACGUGUGCAGAAAGAAGUUCCUCUGAUGCUGGAAAUCUUAAUUCAGUUCCACUUACAGGUACUUCAAAGAAGGAAUCUGUUGAUUUUAGAGCUAGUGAUAUGGUAGAAAAUAAGGAGGAGAAUACAAACAGUAGAUCACUGAAUGCUCAGCCAAAUGCCGAUAAUAGAGAAAUCAAGGAUCGUAUUUUUCAAUCUGAAAUAGUGAAGACAGCUGUGUUUCUAAUGAAAGAUUCUAAUGAGAAACUUACUGAGCAUUGGGACAGAAUUCAGGAUGUAGCUAAGAAUUCCAGUAGCGUAGAAAUUCUUCCUGAUGAUAUUGAAAAGAAGAGAUUAAAUUGGAUGAAGACAUGUAAGCCAUGGUGUAAAAUAUUUGGAGAAAAUCAAAGAAAGACAAUUACUAAAAAAAGACAUCCAAGGAAAAUUUCAGUUAACAAGAUGCCUCCAUUAAGUACAGAAAAGAUCAUUCAUAGUGGCCCUUGGAGCACUCUGCAGCAGGUCACAAUACUGACACUGGAAGAUUUACCAGAAUGUAGCCUCUCCACAUUAUCUGACUGUGCAAAUCUUCAAGUACUGACUAUCAGACGCUGUGGAUUAGUUGCACUGGAAGGACUAAGUAACUGCAAAGACAUAAAGUAUAUCAAUGUGGAGGAAAACAAUAUUCAGAUCAUAGACUGUGAGAAUCUAGAAAAUCUCUGUGUUCUAAUUCUGAGUAAGAACCGUCUUUCAUCAGUUUGUGGCUUAGAUGGCUGCAGAAAUCUUCGUAAUCUUGAACUUUCCUACAAUAAAAUCACCCGAAUUGGUGGUUUGGAGUCACUGAAAAAUCUUCAACAGUUAAUCGUGGAUCAUAAUCAGUUAAUCAGUACAAAAGGUCUCUGUGAAGCACCUACUCUCAUGCACCUAGAUUGUUCUUUUAAUCAUCUUACGCAAGUUGAAGGCAUUGAGAAUAGUGGCCUGCUUCAAAUUCUGAAAUUACAAGGCAAUAACCUCCGGGAGCUUCCAAGACUGGAAAAUCAUGUUCUGCUAAGAGAACUGUAUUUGGAUGACAAUAGCAUCUCUUCUAUGAGAAUAUUUUCCUUGUUUUGGUUGCCUUUGUUGCAGAUUCUUUCACUGUCUCAAAAUAGUUUGACUGAGCUUGCACCUUUAAAUUCAUGUGUAUCUCUGGAAAAACUGGAUAUCAGAAAUAAUCGUUUGUCAGACCUAAAAAGUGUAAUCGUAUGGUUAAAUGGCUGCCAUAAACUAACUGAGUUGUCACUCAGUGGAAAUCCACUUCUCCAAGAAAGGACAUGGAGAUCUUCCCUAUGUAAGGUCCUUAAUAACUUACAGCUUCUUAAUGGUGAAAACAUAAAUUAUCGUACUUUGCUCAAAAUUGAAAGAAUCAAAGAAUCAGAACCAAGAACUUUUCUAGAACUUUGUCAGUCUCAAAUUGAAGAAAAUGUUCUACUUGAGAAAAAGACUGGCAACUUGGGAAUUGUCUCUUCCAUUGAUGAUGCACAGAGACAAUGCUGGUACUUUAAUCAGCUGAUGAAACUUGGUAUCGAACAUCGACGUGCACAUGAGUACGGUGAACUAAGCGUUACUGACAGAGAUGGACCAGAAGCACUGCAAAAUCACUUAAAACAAACAUCCACUGGCUGCCUACAGGAAAAUAACCUCUUUAUCAUGGGUGCGACGGAAAAUAAACAGGUCUUGCUGGAUCCUUCUGAAAGACAGAUUGCUACUGACCAUAUUCAGACCACAUUCAUUAACUCCUCCGUACCUGAGCACCGAAAGGAAAAUAAAGAACGUCACAGAAUAAGGCAGGAGAGCACUGAAUCCUGCAUUAGUUACGAUGGGGAGAGCAAAGACAACACUAACAAAUCAGCCCAAAUUGCAUUGCAACAGUCAGUUACAGCAAGUAAUACGGGAAGAAAUCUCCAGCAUUUUGAUACUAAUACAAAAAGGCUGCAUAUGGCAGCAUCAGUAAUCCAAUCCAUUUGGAGGAAGUACCAUUCCAAGAAGAUAACUGGCUGCACCGAAAAAGAGAACAAUCAAUUUAUGGGUGCUUCAAGAAAGAAGCAUGAAGCAGCCACACUAAUCCAGGCAUUCUGGAAGGGCUUUAUUUUGCGAAAGAAAUUGGCCAGUGCUCUUGCAGCUGUUAAAAGUGAUGAAGUGGAGGAUGACUAUGAAGAAAUAGCUGUGGAUGAUUACACAUUUCAUGAAGCUGCUUUAGAGAAAGAAUGGCUAAUUCUGGAUAUGGAUACCACCCGUUUCCCUUCAAAAACACUCGUACUCUCAAACCAGCUGCACUGGCUGAAGAAAUAUUCUAUGCCUUCGGAGUCCAGUGAACAUCCAAUUAGUUUACCAUUGGCACCACUUGAAGCUUGGCAGUGUGAUGACAGACCACAUUCAUGCUCUCCAGAAACUAUCCACUUUCAUAACAUGUCAGAGAAGGGAACAAUGUCACAACUCUCUGACAUGCAAGAAAAAAAGAAAUUUUUAUUCAGAUCAGAAAAAGAAGAAAAAAUUUCAGAAGAAUGGGGUUUUAAAGAUAUUUCUACUGCACAGCUAAUGCUCAAGAGGGCCCAUAAAAUGAAACCCCAAAAAAUCACUAAUAAAAAAUUAGACCCAGCUGUGCGCCUGGCGUUGUUCAAAAACAAUGAAAAUAAACAUCUCCCUGUGAAACCACCAAAGAAGACACAGCCUGUAAAUCUUGGUUACUUUGAAGGUAAGAGAGAAGAAUUUUCUCAGCUGGAUACUUCUUUAGAUGAGAAAUUACUACGGAGAAAAGACUUUACAUACCAAUGGCUUCAUACACAGGUUUGGGAUUAUGAAGCAGCCAGUUCCAGAAGUAUGAAGUGUAAUCGUUUUUUGCCUGAGUUAGAUCCUGCGAUAUGCAACGGUAGACGUGUACAGCUCGUGGCAAGCCCUGUAAGCAGAGAAGACACAGAUUUAGACCUUGUUUCCAUGACCAGUGGAAGUGCUUUGACUCAGAACAGAGAAAAAAAUAAUCAGCCACACAGACAUUCAGCAAGAUUGUCAAAAAAGAGCAUUUCUACUCCAGAAAAAUCACAUUUGGGGCCGUCUUGUAAGGAACGGAUAUCGUUUCGAGACCAUCCACUGCAGCUCAGCGGAGGAUGGGGAUCAGGAAAAAAAAGGCAAAAGUUUAAAAAUAUUAGUUGA